GUAUGAUGACUUGGACGAGGAGAUCACCAAGAUCAAGAAGGAGGUUCAGACGUACAAGGAUGCCACAGAGGAGAUUGAAGGAUGCAUGGAAGACAAUGGUAUCAUGGUCAAGAUUGGUGAGGCAUACACUCCUGUGGACGAGGAUACCGUGUUAGAAAAGCUGGCGACGCUUGUGGAAACCUCUGAGGCCGCCUUGUCCCAAAAGUCGGACGAGAUCGAAGCUGUGAGAGGUGAACUGGAUUCUUUGAAGAAGGUGCUCUAUGCCAAGUUUGGGUCCAGCAUCAACCUGGAGAAGUGUCCAGCAGCUCAGGAAAGGAGUGUUCUGGGUGAGGCCUUUGCCUGGUUGGCUGCACACUUGGGACAUCAAAGGCAGGCACAUUGCCUGUCGAGUGGCGCGCGAGACCGGCUGAAGCCCUGGAGACUCUUUGCCUCUUUGCCUUUGCCCGCUUUGCUGAAAUCGAUGGCUGUCGAUGGCCGUUUGGCUUUUGAGGUUACGAUGGCAGAGCCACCUCCUCGCGUGGCUGUUUUCUCAGUUGACCUGUCUUUUGACAGCUACUUCCAACAGCGCUCAACAUUUGUCUUGGAAGCGAAUCGCCGGCUGAUCGAGCGACAUGAGCUCCAGCCCGGGCGCACACAGUGGGCCCCGCUGCCUUCUCCGCAACAGGUCUGGGCGCAUUCCUGUGUGACCAGGGCAAAGCUGGAAGCUGCGCUGAAGGAUCCCAAAGUCACAGCCAUUGAAGUGGAUGUAGCCAUGGGAUAUCUGACAGGACCAGACGGCAGCGGAAACAUAUUAGUCCCUGUGAUGGCACACCCGCCAGUCCUGACCUCUGACCUUUCCUUCGAGGAAUUUCUGGAUGAGGUGGUGCAAGAUGGCCGACGUCAUGUCAAAUUUGACUUCAAGGACCUGGAGUCCGUGCAGCGAUGCCUUCCACUGCUGGCUGAAAGAAGCCGGCAGCUUGCUGCCAACGAGCAGGCCGUAUGGCUGAACGCCGAUGUGCUCCCUGGGCCUGGACUUCGGGGCUGGCGCUGUGCGGUGCCCGCAGAGGCAUUCUUUGAUGCCGCGGAGACCUACUGCCCAGGAGCACACCUGAGUCUUGGCUGGAAAGCCAACCCGGUUGGCCUGGAGUCCUAUACCGAGGCUGACUGCAGGGCCAUGGCGGAACUUUGCAGGAGGCAUGGGCAGUUGGCCAAAGGCGGUGUAGUCUUCGCAGUAGCUGCACGGACGGCCUCCAGAAACCCAGAGCCUUUGGCGGCUCUUCUUGCCCAGGUGCCCGGAAGCCAGCUGCUGUUCUGGACAGGUACUUGGGAGCCGCCAAUCCUGGCUGCCACUAAAGGUCACCUUUGCAAGGCUCCUGCUGUUUGUAUUGUUAUCGUUAUCGUUCUCGUUAUCGUUGUUGUUGUUGUUGUUGUUGGCCUACACUGCGAACCUGUUGUAAUACGUACAAAAAAAGAAGCGGCGCGAGCUAGCGCGCGUCUGCCGGCCAAAAACGAACGCUUCAACAAGAAGUGCCACAACCGGGCUCGAAUCGUCGAUUUUCAGCUGGUUUCGGAGCUACAGCGCGUAAUUCAGCGGAGAUCUGGCAGCUGCCCAUGA